AUGAUCAAUAAAGCACAGGCCUUCGAUUCCGCUGAUCAUGGUAUCCUAUUGAAGAAACUGAAGGCUUAUGGUAUAUCAGGCAACCUUUACAAUUGGUUCACAGGCUAUUUACGUGGACGUACUCAGCGUGUUGUUGUCGAAGGUGUUGCUUCAGAAUGGUCUCCAGUCACCUCAGGUGUCCCACAGGGGAGUAUCUUAGGCCCCAUGCUUUUCCUUCUAUUCAUCAAUGAUCUCCCUGAUAUAAUACCUCCAACAACUUCAAAAGGGCUGUAUGCUGACGACACAAAGCUGUACACGGCAAUAACAUCUCGCCAGGAUUGCGAUAAUCUACAAGUAGCUUUGUCAUACGUUGACGAUUGGAGUAAAGAAUCCAACAUUAGCUUCAACACGUCUAAGUGCAAAGCCCUGACAAUAUCCCGACGUAAACAACCGAUUGUGAUAAAUUACCAUCUUGGGUCCGCAGAAUUGAUACGCGUAGAGAGCGAAGUUGAUCUAGGGAUCACUGUUACCAGUAAUCUCUCUUGGAAUAGGCACAUUACAAAACUUGUUACGAAGGCAAAUUCAACGCUGGGAUUAUUACGGAGAACUUGUCCCAUGUUAACAAAUUGCGAUGCUCGAAGAACUUUAUACCUGUCACUUGUGAAAUCACAACUAUCUUAUGCCACAGAGAUCUGGUCUCCGUAUCAGUCGCUUAACAAAAUUAGCUUUGAAAAACUACAACGACCCGCCACGAGAUGGAUCCUCCAAGUGAAGAAAG